GGAUGACCUUGGUGUUGGCAGUUCGCCCAUUUGACGUUUCACCCUCCUAAUUAUAGUGUUAUCACGGGUUAUGUCACGUUUUGUUAUUGUCAAAAUUGGGAUCACAGUUAUUCAAAGGAAUUUGUACUGUUAUCAGAUAAGAUGGCUUUAAAUAUAACAUCGAAACUACUACGUACUAUGAGCCAACCUACAUUGAGGGUAUCACAAACUCCAUCAGCUUUGUAUCACAAGAAUGUUAUUGAUCACUAUGAAAACCCAAGAAAUGUCGGAUCGCUGGACAAAAAUGAUGACAAUGUAGGAACGGGACUUGUAGGUGCACCAGCUUGUGGAGAUGUUAUGAAGCUACAGGUAAAAGUGGAUGAAAAUGGAAAAAUAAUAGAUGCAAGAUUCAAAACCUUUGGAUGUGGCUCUGCAAUUGCCUCUAGUUCCUACACUACAGAAUGGGUCAAAGGAAAAACAGUAGAUGAAGCUUUAAAGCUAAAAAACACAGAAAUUGCAAAAGAAUUGUCACUUCCACCUGUCAAACUACACUGUUCAAUGCUUGCUGAAGAUGCCAUCAAAGCUGCUCUGUCUGAUUACCAGAUCAAGAAAAAUAAGAUAAAGAAAGAGUGAAGUUCCAGCAGAAAUUUGACAAAGAACUGUGAAAUGUAUGUGAUAUUGAACAUCUAAUGUUAAGUAAUGUUAGUCGGCUUAAAUAAAGAUCUUAUCAAUUAUAUUAUAUGUUAUUCGAGCUGUUGCUGUACAAUGGAAUGUAGUUGUCAUCUGAUGGACUCACAGAAAUAAUCUGUGACAUUUACUUGUCAAGAUAAUUUGGCAUACGUAGAAUGGGUGUAGUCGAGAUCACUAUGAAUUAACAGAAUAGUCUGUUGAAAUUAAUUUACCACUUCAUUCACUAUUUUUGCCUGUGUAUUAAGAUGUGCCCAGAUUUUUUUCAAUAAUCCA